UCUAUCGGCAUAGAAAACAGCACACACUUUGUAGACUCAAUUAAAUAAUUAUUUCGGAAUUUUUACUUUUACACCGUUCUUGCAACGAAAAUAAAACACUCUGCUCACAUAAAUUACGAACGACUUCGUGUCCUAAAUGCACAGAUAAGCAUUUGCCCGCAAAACGAACCACGAAAUGCCGCCUGUUUCAAAACGGAGUCUACCGAAAAGGUCCAAUGCAGAUCAACACAUUCGAGCCCAAAUCAAAAAGACGAGUACGCUGUCGAAAAUAAUAAUUCAAGGCACUGAACAGUUGUUGGACUCCAAGAAUUACCCAAAUAUUCAAUUUAUUGAAAAGCCCAGAAAAAUGCGGUAUUCAAAUUCGUCGAUUUCCAGUCUGGGGCGCCAUGCCACACAGCAAAUCGAUAAUGUUGCAACUAAUAGCAAACCACAAGGAAUGUUUGGUGCAAACGAACAAAAACGGACAUCAAAAGAUGUGAUUUCCGAAAUUAGCAACAUGUCUACUAGUUCAGUGUCAGUAAGGAAUAAGCCGUUUGAGAACUUUCUUCAGGAUUUCUGUUUGGCUCAUGGUUCCAUACCACGGGAAAGUGUUCAGCAGGCCAUCGCGAAGUGGGAGGAAAUGACAUCCAAGCAAAAAGAGGAAUUUAGUCCUGAAAACUAUGUUCUGAAAUUAUGUAAUCAAGUGCGCAAUCGUGAUGAAAUUUUAAAUGCAGUUGGUUUGAAUCCGGCUUAUCAAACUACAAGAAAAUUUCAAUUUGGAAAUAGUAAAGCCAGUAAGGUCAAGAGAUCGUCCCCAAGGCUACGAAAGUCAACUAAGCGCUUAGCUUCAAAGCCACGAGGUGUGGUGAGUCCCAGAAAGUCGUUGAAAAAUGCAGCCAAAAAGCAGGUGCCUCCAAUGGUACCGGUGCGUCUAAGUAACAGCGCUUCGGCCUACAAAAACUUUCUGCGCAAAAUCCGUCAAGCAAAUCCUGGUCUGAUGUCCGUAGAAAAGUCCUCCUUAUGGCGCAAAAUGACUCCCGCCGAAAAGGAUCUCUAUCGCGUAGUCAACAAACCAAACCAAGAUGAAACCAAGGACCGGAAAGUGUCCAGAGUUCAGGCUUCCAAGCGCGUGAGGAAGGGAAAAGCAUCACGAUCAACCCAGACUCCGGAAAACGCUUUAAAUUAUUCGGAAAGAAAUUUUAAUAUUCAGCGAGAUGGCCAACUACAAGUUUGGGCCCAAAGUAGCACUUCCCUAAGGGAUACGCGUCGCUCCUGGCUCCGACUUGAAUACAUUUCAAAAGCCUUUAAAAAAGUCAAGAAUAUGUUUAAUUAACUACUUGUUUUCAAAAUUUUAUACAAAACAAAUUUAACGCUAUAAAAAAACAGAACUGCGCGUAAAAUCGCAUAAAACACCAA